AUGAAGUUCUCAAGUCUCCUCGUUGUCUUUACCGGUCUUUUACUUUCUGUUGUCUCUGCCGCACGAUACCCGGCUAUUCUUGAAUUUCAACCGUCGCCUGACAUUUUACCACGGCUUUAUUUCACUGAGAUUGUCUUGCCAACCAUUCGAAAAACGAUUCGCGUCAAUUUAUGGCAACUCGGAAAACCUCAGGAUCUUACUGAAGCUUACCUAGGGAGAAAAUCCAGAGGUUAUGUUGAGGUUGAUGACAUCUCCGCUUUCAAUGGACGAUACUUAGGGCUUGUCAAUGACGAUACAGAAUCUCUCCAGGUGAAAAUCCACCACAAUGAUGGCCAAACGUUUUCAUUCAUUGGUGCAAGUGCAACGGAGAAUCCAGUGACAAACUUAUGGUUCGGGCGGAGAUGA